GCAGCGUAUCAGGAGUUUCCUUUGCACUGUUCAUGUCUCACAACCCGGCUGUGACGAGUAUAAGAAAGCCAACCGGUUUCACUUCCCCUGACACUGAGUGUGUAUUAGUGUUCCUGAGUGUGUGUGUGUGUGUGUGUGUGUGAGAGAGAGAGAGUGUGUGUGUUUGUGAGAGUGUGUGUGAGAAAUUAACAUGGCUAAGAAAAAGGCACAGGAUAAAGAAAAAAACAGUUCGAAAUUAACGAAGGAUGAGAAUGAAGGAAAAGUUCAGUUGAAGAAGAAGGUGACGCUGCUGCGUGGGAUCUCCAUCAUCAUCGGGACCAUCAUCGGGGCUGGAAUCUUCAUCUCACCCAAGGGCAUCCUACAGAACUCAGGCAGCGUCGGAAUGUCCCUGGUGAUAUGGGUGGCUUGUGGGGUUCUGUCGUUAUUUGGUGCUCUUUCGUACGCCGAGUUAGGGACCUGCAUUACGAAGUCUGGGGGACACUACACCUACGUUUUGGAGGCAUUCGGGCCACAUGUGGCUUUCGUACGAUUAUGGGUGGACAUCAUCGCUAUACGACCCGCAGGAAUGGCUGUGAUUUCUCUGGCGUUCGGGCGUUACAUUUUGGAGCCCAUUUUUAUGCCGUGUGGCGUUCCUGAGCUCGCAAUCAAGCUUGCUACAGCGAUCGGACUCACUACGGUCAUGUACAUUAACAGUAUUAGUGUGAGCUGGACAGCCAGGCUGCAGAUCUUCCUGACGUUCAGUAAACUUCUCGCCAUGGCCAUCAUCAUCAUCCCCGGCCUCUACCAGCUGUUCAGAGGCCAGACCAAAAACUUCGAGAAUGCAUUCCAGGUGGACUCUGUGAAGCUGUCUGGCCUUCCCUUGGCCUUCUAUUCAGGGAUGUACGCUUACGCCGGCUGGUUUUACUUGAAUUUUGUCACGGAGGAGGUAGAACGUCCGGAGAGAACCGUGCCGUUAGCCAUUUUCAUCUCCAUGGCGAUUGUGACCGUCUGCUUCACGCUGACCAACAUUGCAUAUUACACUGUGAUGUCAGCAGAGGAACUGCUCGCCUCGAGUGCAGUCGCUGUGACCUUUGCCGAGAAAGUUUAUGGGAAUUUCUCCAUUGGCGUUCCCAUCUUCGUGGCACUUUCCUGCUUUGGUUCAAUGAACGGAUGCAUUUUUGCCAUCUCCAGAAUGUUUUAUGUUGCAUCACGAGAAGGUCAACUUCCUGAAGUCCUGUCUAUGGUUCAUGUCCGCCGUCACACCCCGGUAGCUGCUGUACUUGGUCUGUACCCCCUCACCAUGCUCCUCCUGUUUGUUGGAGACAUCUACAGCUUGCUGAACUUUAUGAGCUUCCUGCGCUGGCUCUUCAUCGGGCUGGCCGUAGUCGGACUCAUCUACAUGCGCCACACACGACCCGAAAUGCCACGACCAUUCAAGGUCCCAAUCUUCAUCCCUGCAGUUUUCUCCUUCACCUGCUUCUUCAUGGUCUUCCUCUCGCUCUACUCCGAUCCGAUCAACACGGGGAUCGGCUUUGCCAUCAUGCUCACGGGAAUACCAGCCUACUACCUGUUCAUCGUUUUCGACAGAAAGCCCAAGUGGUUCCGAAACCUCUCAGAUUCUGUGAACAGAUCUUUACAAAUCAUCAUGGAGGUUGUCCCUGCAGAGAACUGACCUUUCCAGGCACCGCUCUUGCAUCACUCGGUCUUUCAUUUUGUCUCUCUUAUAGAACAUGCUCCCUUCAUCCUGCUCUCAUUUUCAUUCCUCUUUUAUGUUUUAUAGAAAACACUCCCCCGAGUGACCAUUUCUCAAUCCAUCACACCACAAGGGAGGAAUGAGAGAGACCUUUCUGUGCUUAUGCAAGGAAAAAAAAAAAAAACUUUCAGGCUCUCAGUCCUCACUUUGCAGUCCUACACAAUACACUUCACUUUUUUAUUAUUUUUUUUGGUGCCUUCUGUGUUAUUCGGUGGCCAUUUUGGAAUAUCAAAUCUCCAUUGGGCGACAAUCAGAGGGUAGAAACAAGUAAAUGCAGUAGGAAAAUGUUUAAUAAGUAAAUAUCAGGUUUGAAGAACCUGCUUUUAUAAUGUUUCUUACAGAUUUUUAAAAAGUCAGUGUUAACAUUUUUACAAAAAAAAAAAAAAAAAAACCUCAAACAGUGUUCUGAGAACACACUGAAGGUUAGAUAUAUGUCUAUUUUUAAUAUUAAUGUUAGAUUUUUAAAAAAUAUUUAUAGAUAUAUUUUAAAUAUUAUUUUCAACCACAAGAUUAAAGAAAGCAUUGCAAAAAUGUAAAACUGUUCCAUGGUUGGGAUGAGUUGGAGACAGCGUGUGCACUUGAUUUAGUUCUUAGAAAAAAGUCUUUCCUCUGUUGUAGCACUACGCCUAAGACUUAUAAGCAUGGGUGAAAGUAGGGCCGUCCGGUCCGGAUUUACUGACAGCUUUAAUGGAAGUAUGCAGCACAGGAAACCCGCCUUUAAAACCAGUCACAGAGUCAAUAAAAAAAUGUAUCUGUUAACAUAAAGUCAUCUUAAACAACACUGGCCACGUUCAAAUUACCAGCCUGAAGUGAGUCAAUUUAGAUUUAUUUUUUUUACCCUAAUGUGAUUCACAUUUUUUUAAAGCUGUCUGAACGCACAAAUCAAAUGUUUUUUAGAUCCGGAUCUGAGUCACUUUCAUAUGUGGCACUGGAUCAGACCGUGAAUGAGAAAAGGCAGAUCGGAAUUCAUGUGACUUUUCAUGUGACUUUUUCAUGUGACGCGCCUCUACGCAUGCAUGGGGCGCUUGCUGAUGUCAGUUAGCCCCGGAAACACAGGGAUUUUAUAGCAGUGCUAGCCGACGUAUAGAUAUCCCCUUUUCUGGAGGACUGACGUGUCUAUAUUACGAUCAGAUAAAGUCACAUGUUAUUAUGAAUGUGAACCAUCAUAACAUACAAACCCGAUCCGCCCAAAAGAAAUUUAAAUUAAGCAAUGUUAGUAAUGAGUUAAUAAUUGUUUUUACAAUUUGUUGUGUUUCACUUCUUCAUUACUGCUAGUUAACACUAUGACAGGUCAUGGCUCACCUUUGACUCGCUUUGUUCACCGCUAAUGUAAGCUACAAAGCUAACUAGCUUCUAACAAAGGACUGAAUCCCAAAUUCCUCUCUAACCCCCGAUUAUAAACACUACUUGAUGUGUGGAACAAGGGAUUGUAACUUACACCCUACAUCGUGCACUAGCUUUUCAUUUCAAGCUAUAAAAUUCAUUUCGAGACAUAACGAGAAACUUACAAUAAUCGCAGGGCCACCCAGCACCUUCUUGGUUUAUUCACCUCAACUUUUCACUGUAAGAAUUAGAAACUACUUACACCCCUGCAUAUAAGUGUUAACACCCAUGUGUUUUUCUAGAAACAAAAAUUAAAGAACGCUUUACAGUGUUGGCAUGACACAGUAUGGCAUUAAAUGUAGCCGUGUUGUGGAAAAGAGGAACUGUUUUCUAAAGACACUGUACUUGGAUUUUAUUAUUUUAUUAUUAUCUGAAAAAUCUAUUUCUGUACAGACAACGCAACUGAAGUUUCUGUAAUCUGUUUUUAGCACGUUGUUCAGAAAUAGGUCCAAUUAAUCUAAUUACACUUGUUAUAUAUGAAAUGUUCAUGCACUAAAAGCAAUACCGUGAUGGUUAGCACUACUGCGUUUGCCUAGCGCCUAUA